UCUUUACAUAUCUUGGAUCCCUCACCCCAUUAAAGAAUCUUCUUCUCCCAAGUUGCAGAAGCAAGAGAGAGAGAAAAAGAGAGAUUCUCCUCCUUCAGCAGCACUCCUCCUGAGAUUCAAAGCACUCCUUUUCAUGGCGCUGCUAACUUUCCUGCCAGAGAAAUCCGAGGAGGUGAUUAAACACCCUCCCAACUCCAAGUCCAAGCGCAAGAAAAGGAAGCAGCCGCCGCUGAAGCCGGCGGCCAAGGCUCCGUCUUCGUGGGAUCAGUUCAAGAACUUGUUGACCUGCAAGCAAAUCGUAGACUCCAAAAUCCACGACCCUUCCAAGCACCACAAUAUCUACUCGUCCUGCUCCUCCAUUUGCACAUUCCGAGACACCAACACCAGAGUCGUCCACCGCGCCGAUAACUCGCCGGACGGCAGCGCCGCCGCCCAGGAAACCAGGCUCCUCUCCAAGAAGAGCACCCACGGCUCCUCCUCCCGCUCGGCCGCCUCAGCCAGAUCCGCCCCCCGCGGCAUCCAGCUCAGGAAGCUCUCCGGGUGCUACGAGUGCCACGCCAUUCUCGAUCCCGCCAGAUAUCCAUUGCCAAGAACAACUAUAUGUGCUUGCUCAGAGUGCGGGGAGGUUUUCCCCAAACUAGAGAGUUUGGAACAUCAUCAAGCAGUGAGACAUGCAGUAUGUGAGCUAGGGGCAGAGGAUUCGAGCCGAAACAUAGUGGAAAUAAUAUUCAAAUCAAGCUGGCUUAAGAAAGACAACCCGAUUUGCAAGAUCGAUCGCAUCCUCAAAGUCCAAAACACGCAGCGCACCAUCCAGCGCUUCGAGGACUACCGAGACGCCGUCAAGACACGCGCCACCGCCACCGCCACCAAGCGCAGCGCCCGUUGCGCCGCCGACGGCAACGAGCUCCUCCGCUUCUACUGCUCCACCCUCGCCUGCUCCCUCGGCGCCCGCGGCUCCUCCUCCCUCUGCGCCGCCAUCCCGGCCUGCGGCGUCUGCACCGUCAUCCGCCACGGCUUCCACGGCGCCAAGACCGCCGCUGGCAUCCGCACCACCGCCAGCAGCGGCCGCGCCCACGACUCCCUCGCCGCCGCCGCCGCCGCCGGCCGCCGAGCCAUGCUCGUCUGCCGCGUCAUCGCCGGCCGGGUCAAGCGCGACCCCGGCGAGGACGACAGCGACGGGACCGUGGGGCCCGGGUCGUACGACUCGGUCGCCGGGAGCGCCGGAGUCUACUCGAAUAUGGAGGAGUUGCACGUGUUUAGCUCGAGGGCGAUUUUACCUUGCUUUGUGGUGAUCUACAAAGCGCUUGAGUGAUCUUUUUAAUUUGCAAUUUUAAACCUUUCUUUUCUUAAAACCCUAUAUUGCUAAGUUACUUUACUUGUACCAAUCGUGUAUAUAUGUUGGAAUUAUGAGUAUAUACAUGAUUUGUAUGAGUAAUGUUGUCUCGUUAGAUGCAACAGAGUUUGUAACACAUGAAUUGAUUAAAGAAAGGCUUUUAAUUAGUUGUA